AUGAAAGAAGACGCCUCAGAUUUCGAUGGUGCAGCGGAUGCUCAUCAAAAGCCGAUGUUUUUUUACGGAACAUUGAUGAAUGUCAGGAUCCUCGAACGAGUGAUUGGUCGUCCGAGCAGCAAGCUGACCAUCCAGCCCGCUCAAAUAACCGGGUACUGUCGAUUCAAAAUUCGUGAUGCCCAUUAUCCAGGUCUACUUCCUGCGUCAGCUGCUGAAGUUGCCCUCAAUCGUCCACCUACUCUCGAAGAACAAACGGUCACUGGAACACUCGUCUCUGGCUUGAGUGCCACUGACGUAGCUCUGUUAGAUGCAUUUGAGGGUGAAGAGUACGAGUCGCAGACAGCACACAUCAACCUGAUGGAUUCCAACAGGCCUCCCGUCGAGGCUAUUGUGUAUAUCUACGCGCCCGCGAUAGUAUCACAAAAAGUCUUGCCAUGUGUGUGGUCCUACGAUGAGUUCUUGAAUAGUCAUUUGUCACAGUGGAUUGCGGAUCCCAGCAUGUACAGAUACGACCGAAGCUAA